UGUGUGUGUGUGUGUGUCGGAGGUAAAGAGGCAGGUUUGGAGCUUUGACGUCAGCGUCGACAGGACAGGCAGACAAACGGGACCUGCAGCUCAUUUUCUCAGUUUUCAGGUCACCAACAUGGCUGAAACUCACACCAGAGUGACAGCGCAGGGCAGGAAGAAGUGGGUCGUUCCUCAGAGAGGAGCGACAGAUGAAAACAAACCGAGUGUUCGUCCUCCGGACAAAGAUGCUGACAGAAAUCUGGCGGUUCCUUUCAGAGGACACAUCACAGACGGGAUGCGUCUGGGGAAGAAGGUCGUGCUGGUCGGUGUUGUGGACUCCCGUCCUGACAGGUUCUACCUCGCCCUGACGCGCGGCCGUGGGACAUCCAGGGAGCCGCCGCCGGACGUGGCUCUGGAGCUCUGUGUUCGUUUCGGGGACAGACAAGUCCUCCGCAGAGCCUGCGUGUCUGGAUCCUGGGGAGACACCGACAGAGCCGUGCCUUUCUUCCCCUUCAUCAGAGGCCAGCCGUUCAAGAUGGAGAUCCACUGUGAACAAAGUGGGUUUCGUGUGUUUGUGGACGGACAGAAGCUGUUUGACUUCCACCACAGGUUGCUGUCCCUCGGCGACAUCGACACGUUAUGGAUCAAAGGGAGCCUCACCAUCACCAAACUAGCCUGAAGACCUCCAGGCCUCACCAUCACCAAACUAGCCUGAAAACCUCCAGGACUCACCAUCACCAAACUAGCCUGAAGACCUCCAGGACUCACCAUCACCAAACUAGCCUGAAGACCUCCAGGACUCACCGUGUCCGAACACGCUCUGUAUUCGCUCUGGAUUUAUUUGGUGCCAGAUGUACAACAUGACGUGUGGAAUCAGCAGGAAGACUGUGGGAUCCUGACACUAAGCUAACGUUACGUGUGCAGCAAGCUUUGUGUGUGUGUGUGUGUGUGUGUGUGUGUGUGUGUGUAUUUGU